AUGGAUGUUGAAAGUCUCAUUCAAUAUGUUCAACAAGAUACUGAGGUCACAUCAGACCCCUUACUGGAAACCACAGACUGGCCAGAUGAAGGGAAUGGGAGAAGUCAAAAUAAGUUCUAUCAACCUGGCUGGCAGGUAGCUCUAUGGGCUAUCGCCUACUCCCUCAUCAUCCUGGUCUCUGUGACUGGGAACGUCACUGUCAUCUGGAUCAUUUUGGCACACAGACGCAUGAGGACAGUGACCAACUACUUCAUCGUCAACCUGGCCUUCUCUGAUGUUUUUAUAGCAACUUUCAACACCUUUAUUAACUUUGUAUAUGCGCUCUACAAUGGCUGGUACUUUGGCCUGGGCUAUUGCAGGUUUCAAAACUUCUUCCCAAUUACCGCCAUGUUUUCAUCCAUUUACUCUAUGACUGCCAUUGCAGUGGAUAGGUGCAUGGCCAUCAUCCACCCGCUGAAGCCCCGCCUCUCCUCCACCUCCACCAAAGGUCUCAUUGCUCUCAUUUGGUUCAUUGCUUUAUUGCUGGCAUUUCCUCAGUGCUAUUACAGUGUGACCCACUUUUACGGCCCCCGGACAGUGUGCAUGGUGGACUGGCCUGAUGAUUUUGGAGGAACACACCAACUGAGGUAA